AUGAAAAAAUCAACUAAAAGCCCUAAAAAAUCACCAAAAGUUGAUGAAGGAUUUAUUGCUACACCUCCAACAGAUGAGCAAAUCAAAAAAUUAAAGCAAUUAUCAGAUUCAAUUGUUUCAUUUCUGAAACAAGAGAAUUCUAAGCCAACAAAUAACUUAAUUGACAUCUCAAAAGCCUACAUUAAGAACUUAAAGAAAGUAUUUCGUGAUUUAUGGUGCGAAUAUCGUGAAGGCCAAAAACAAAACGAUGGAAAUUUGAUUACUUCUUCAUCUACAAAGAUGAGUCAGCAAGCAGAAAUAACAUUAUCACAAAUACAAGAGUUUUAUCGCUCUUCUUCCGAUUAUUACAAUACAAUUUUCUCGAGAAAUUUAGAUUUACCAUUAGAGCAGACAUUAUUCCCUCUUAUAACAGAACUUUUACGCAAGAUUGUUGAAGUAUACUUCGAUUGUCUCGAUGAAUUGAUUAAAAACGCAAAAACUACGCAAAAUGUAACAUUAAUUCCAGGAUUCAAGACUCACGAGCUUAAUUCCUUUGAACAGAUAUCAUUAUCCAUACUGGAGUUGCAAGGAAAAUACUAUCAAAACGGAAAAGCAACUCUUAACGAUUAUGAAGAGUUCCAGAAGGCAAAUGCCGAAGAAGAAGAGGAAAUUAAUGAAUCCAAGAGCAAAUCAGAGACAGCAAAGACAGAAAAAAUGAUUUCUCAAGAAAGAUUCGAAAAUCAAAAACAAGCAGUGGAAGAAUUACGUCAAUUCUACAAGGAUAUACAACAAUACAUCCUCACAAGGAUUGUGAAGCUCUCUAAGUCAAGAGAACCUCCAAAAGGCGAAGAACCACUGAAUGCUGUUCCACAAUUGAUGAAUAUCGCUACAAACUUCUUCAAACAGAUCAGAAUAUUAUAUCCAGAGAGAGGCGAAGAAGAAGAUAUACCAGAAGAAGGAGAAAACUUCAUUUCGGAAGAAUAUCAAUUAUUUGCUGAAAAUUUCAAUACUUUAAUCAAUGGAUUAUGGCAUAGUUCUCAUGAUCUCGAUGUUAUUGAAGAGUUCGAAUGCUUCUCGAAGCUUUUAAUUGAUUUUGUUCAGGAAGAUAUGGAACAAUUCGAUAAACAUUACUUUAGCUUAACACAGUUAGGUGAAUUAUUUCUUGAAGCUUAUGAUAUGCAGGAUAAAACAUCUUGCGAUGACCUUUAUGAACUAAUUCUCGUUCAAUUGCAAAAACGCGAGGAAGAAAUAGAAGAUGCAGUCAAGGAAGAGGUCGAACAUUUAUCAAAUGGUAUAACAGAAGAUGAAUCAUCAACUCAAACCGAUUCUGAAUCAACAAUUUCAAAGAAACGCCGUAAAUCUUCUAAAAGAAUGAUAGAUCCUGCAAUUGAAAGGUAUAUUACAGUUGCAAAGCGUAAGAAUUCGAAGGUUUCGAAGCUUUCCAGUGAAUUUUUCGAUGUUUAUUUCAAGAUACAGAUGAAACUUGGGUCAAAAGUCCCUGAAGAUGAUGAUUCCGAACUCGAUGAAGAGGAAGCAAUCAAUGAGUACUCAGAUAUUUAUAAUCACGUGGCAGAAAUUUUAUAUACUCAUACUGCCUUUGUUGAUGGACAGUUGCAAGGUCUCAAAUCACAAAAACCACUUAAAAAUGGUGACAUUGUAAAGCGCGCUAAGAGCGUAAAAGGAGAUUCAGUUUCUGUUUCAGCAAGAUCUCGCGUUACAGUACAAACAGAUGCUUCAACAACUAUCCUACAAAAUCAGAUAUACAAUGCACAGACUCGUGUCCUUCAUUAUGCUUUGUUGACAACAUAUGAUUUAUUAAUCCAAGCAAACCGUAAUCAGCUCUUCUUACUGAUCAUGAAAUUAUCAAUGAGGAAUAAAGAGGAUGUCAACGAAGUCAUGAAACUUGCAAAUAACCUCAAGGAUUAUACAUUUGAUUACAUCAAAUCCCUCAACCAAGCCAAACAAGAGGCCAACGAAGAGUGCGACAUAGAGUACAUGGAAGAACUAGAGCAGAGAUCCCUUAGUUUGACCGAAAGCCCUCAAGAAUUAUACGACUCAUUUACGAAAUCAUUCCAAGAUGCUGCAGAACGCAUUAUUACGAAGUACACGAUAUAUAUGGCCAGACAAGAUGAGAAACAGAUCAUUGCUGAGGAAGAAUUAGACCAACAAACCCUGAAAAUGUGGGAAGAGAAGAGAAAAUACCAUAUUGAACAACUUACCCUCUUAGAAAAGAAGUAUUUGAUCAAGGAAGAGAACGAAAAACAAAGAUCUGUUCCAGAAGCCGAGAAAUUACUUGAAGAAGCUAAAAAAUACGCAGCAGCAAAGGACUUCAAGAGAGCUAAGGAAACAAAAGAAAAGGCUUUGGAUUUGGAAGACGAAAUUAUUGAAAAAAGAAUUAGCGCAAACAGCGAAGAAUUAAAGAAGGAAAGAGAAAUUCUCUUAGAAAAACAAAGCCAAGAACUUGAUCAGAUCCAAGUAAACAACGAAAAGCAAAAAUCCCAGAAAAUGAAGAAAUACAUCGAAAGAAAGCAAAUGCUGAAGAACAGUUUGGUCCCACAGCUCAAGGUUCAAGCCAAUCAGAUAAUUGAAAUCGCCUGCUCUUGCAUGGCUUUAAUUACGGGAUCUUCUGACAAAUUAGCCAAAGGAAAGAAGCAAGCUAAGGAUAAUGAUCUUAAGAAUGACUUGUCAAAGGCAUUUAACAAGGUCAUUGACACCUUGCUUGAAAAAUACGAAAUUAAUACUGUUGAACAAUAA